AUGAGUGUCGCACACAGAAGGUGUACGUCGAAACACAUAAUACAAUCGGAAGGAUCCGCAGCAAUGCAUGAGCAUUGUCGAUCACAUUCGAGUGCUCCCAGAAAAGCGCUAAUAAAAUCUCCAACUCAUUUCUUUGACAAAGUUGAGGAUGGUGUGACCAUAGAAGAAGUUUCCAUAGCUCAUCAGACAGAGAGCGAGAUUAGUGAAAUGCAGUUUCAGGAGGAGAAUGAAAAACAUUUCAAUACAUUCGACCAGAUGGAGGAUCUGGACCUCCACAUGGAACUUCAAGAAAAUGCAUAG